AUGGCGCUCCCCGCUGUGAACCCCGGCGAAAAACAGUCUUUAAGCACCGAGCCUAAGACAUCGGGUGCUUCCACAGAACAAACGGAGACCAGUCCGGGCGAGACCUAUGCCUCUGAAGCAAUCGAAGUCGAAACCGACAGCGAUGCAACAGGAAAUACGGAAUCCCGGGGAAAACCCCUGGGAUUCUAUAUGUCCUUUCUAGCCAUCAAUAUCUUAGUGUUUUUAUACUCUCUAGACGCUACGACUCUAGCGGUCGCCAUUCCGGCCAUCGCAUCCGAGCUCCACGGAACCACACUAGAGUCAUUCUGGGCAGGAAUCGCAUACUUCCUCGGCCUCGUAGUGAGCCAGCCCCUAUACGCCAGCAUCUCCGAUGUCAUAGGCCGCAAGCCGCCUCUGUACGUCGGCUUCCUUCUCUUCACCGCCGGAUCCCUCACCUUCUCCCUAGCCCGCAACAUGGCCGCUAUCAUAGCCGGUCGCGUCAUCCAGGGCCUAGGCGGCGGCGGGCUCGAUGUUCUCGGCGAGAUCAUCGUGUCCGAUAUGACGACGCUCAAGGAACGCCCGCUAUACCUCGGAAUCAUGUCCUUGCCCAUCGCCAUCGGCAGUAUCCUCGGCCCCACAGUCGGCGCCCUGUUCAGCGACUUUGUGACUUGGAGGUGGAUAGGAUGGAUUAACUUACCGCUACUAGGCAUUUCCUGCCCACUGCUACUCAUCUUCCUUCGUCUAAAGCGUCUCGAAUCGACCCUCGAAGCUAAACUAAAGCGCCUCGAUUGGAGCGGCAUGUUAGUAUUCACCGUGGGAUGCACGCUCUUCGUCCUCCCUAUCAGCUGGGCCGACUCCCUGUAUCCAUGGAACUCGUACCAGACAAUCCUCCCACUACUCCUAGGCUUCGCCGUUCUCGUCGGCUUCGCGAUCUACGAAGCGAAGCCCGAGGCGCCGGUUAUGCCGCACCGGCUCUUCCAUUCCCGGACCGCGAUCGUGACGCUAUGCGGCGCUUUCGUCCACGGUAUGACGCUGUACACGCUCCUGCAGUACCUGCCCCUCUUCUACCAGGCCGUCAUGCUCCAGACCCGUAUUGUGUCCGCGGUAUCCCUAUUACCCACCAGCAUCGCCAGCGUCGUCGGCGCUAUCAGUUCUGUUAUUGCGAUCGGGAAGGCCGGCGUGGGGUAUAAAGUGAGGAUAUGGUUAUCCUGGGCCCUAGUAACAUUGGGGACCGGCUUGUUUCUUCUGCUCGACGAGUACUCGUCUGCUGGUAUGCGCUACGGGAUACCCAUUAUCUGGGGCAUGGGCAUCGGUGCUCUUCUGCGUCUGCUACAUAUCCCCAUGCAGGCAAGUGUUCCAAGCGUCGACGACACCGGCCACGCAAUCGCGCUGCUUCUCACGAUCCGAUGUCUUGGGGGCUUAGUUGGACUGGCUAUCGGAUCCACGGUAUUCAGCAGCGUGUUCGGGUCUGUCAUUGCGACCGUCGGGGAACUUCCCGACUCCCUAGCCGCGCUAAGGGAUGCCCACGACGCCGUAGCCUUCAUCCCGACGCUCCGGACCCUAAAUUUCCCCGCCGACAUUUUCGACCCCGUCGUACAGGCUUACCUAACCUCCAUGCGCGCCGUUUUCUACGUCAUGAUCGGGUUCUCUGGGCUUGGUCUCGUAACGUCCCUGUUUACGGAGGAACUGAGCUUACAGAAAACGGAACGCGGACGCCAGGCUUUUGAGACCUAA